CCCCGGUCAUAACAUAACCAUUACAUCAUUUCCACUCAUAAUAUCCAAACAAGUAACAUUACCAAUGGCAACCCUGUCUAGCGUGAACCUGGUAACCCCAAGAACCAUAGCCAAUGGACCAGACGUCCCAACCCUCAAGGUCCCAUGCCUUAACCGGCCUUGGAAAAGGGUAUCCCCAAUGAAGCUGCGUGUCGGGCCUGUUAGAGCUGCACCGGAUGGAAUAUCGGAGAAGGUGGAGAAAAGUAUAAAAGAGGCACAAGAGAUGUGUUCGGAUGAUCCGGCGAGUGGCGAGUGUGUGGCGGCUUGGGACGAAGUGGAAGAGCUGAGUGCGGCGGCUAGCCACGCUAGGGACAAGAAGAAAGACGAUGAUCCUUUGGAGAAUUACUGUAAAGACAACCCGGAGACCGAUGAGUGUCGUACUUAUGAUAAUUGAAAAUGUUUGUUUUUUCUAGUUUCUUAGAUUAUAGUAAUUGGAUGUUAAUCUGAAAUAUGUUUUAUUGUUGGUUUAUAUAGUUUGUUAUAAUGAUGUAAUCCUAAAAUUAUACACUCUUAGAAAAGAAAAUGAUAUUAAUUAAUUUGGUAA